GAUUUUAUGCCAACGUACUGUCAGCAGUUGCGAUUUUUGACUUUAAAAGCGUUGUACGCAGCACAGUUGAGUUCAGAGUUGAAAGAGCAGUCGCUAUGAAGUUGCUGAUCAUUUUAUUUGCGCUAUUUGCUGCGGUCUUGGCAGUGCCGCAGUACGGCGGCGGAUAUGGGCGUGGCGGCAAUCGUGGCGGCAAUCAUGGCGGCAAUCGCGGUGGCUACCAUAAUCAACAUCACAGUCCGCAUCACAAUCCACAUCACCAUCAUCAACAUCAUCAUCGCUACUAGUUUUGGCACAAAUAUGCAGCGCUCAAAAGCGGUAUUAAUAAAAACUAAUUCAAUACUGCUCAAAGAAAA